AUGCUCCUUAGUGAUUCAAUCAUUUCAAAACACGACAAAUGUAACGAAUGUAGCAAUAAACGGUUAGGAUGUGAAGAUGGGAUGUACCUUAUACAAGAUUUCGUUGCUGAUUAUAUUCAAUAUCGGAUUCGCAUACAUGGAAAUCGUAAAGUACAAAAUCUGUUUUACCCUUGUAGGCAAGAAUGCGAAAAUGGUUUGAUUCGUUCUGUGGCUUUAAUUUUCGAAGAGAAGCAUAAAGAAGAGCUUCAAAAAAUGGUGGAAAUGUUAUGCGAAAAUGAGAGCUUUUCGUGCAGUCGAUAUAUCGAGAUUAUGGAGCAAUUUGUGUGCAUUCACAACGAAUCACCAUCACAAAUGUCUUAUGGACGUUUGAUAGCACUGAUCGCAUUCGCUGGACUGAUUGCUACACGAUUGAUCGACAUGAAAUAUUUCGCAGAAGUUUCAAUGGUUAUGUCAUACACCUCAAAAUUUCUGCACAAAAGAAUUGCUUUGACGUGGCCAUAUCAUAAACGUUCUUGGAGUAAAUUUUUUGAUCUUGCAAGGACGAUAAUCAAGCUGAACAAAACUGAAGAAGUAGAGUCAAAAAUAGAAAAGAAUGAAUGGCGGUCAGCAGUUAGUGGAUUGGCUGUUUUCGGUGUUGUAAGCAUUGUCGUUUUUACAUUAUUUAGAUUCUUGCUUAGAACACGGUGA